UAUGAUCAGAUUCAGAGAAGACCUUUGAUUUUUGUUUACUUUUAGCUGAAACGAAGACUCUUGGUUACAACUUACAACUAGAAAAUCUGCUCGGUGAUUUUAAAUAGAUUUAUUAAGUAUCGUCAUCACAUACAGACAUACAGUAGUAAUUUAUAUAUUCCCAUGUCUUUUAUAUUUACAACUACAUGCGAAUCACUAAACCGUAUAGGGUUAGGACCAUAGAGUGAAAGUUGUUAAGAGAUUUGGCAGAUAUCAUCUUCUAAUCUAAUAAUGUUUCUCUUACAUAACUCUUAAUAAUGUAAUUAAGGGUUUAUUAAUAUGUCUCCCUAAUUUAAUUGGUGAAGCCAGAAUCGAAAGUCCACCAUCAACCCCAUCUUCCUUCUUUUUAUAGAGACACAAGAGACGCCCUUUCUUCUCCGUGUCUCUCUGUCUCAACUCUGUCAACAUGUCAGGACCUCUAACUUGCUCUGUGUCCGAUCUCUCCACCAUGCUCGGUCCCAACGCCACCGCGGCGGCUGAAUACAUAUGCGGCCAAUUAGGCACCGUAAACAACAAGUUCACCGAUGCAGCCUACGCCGUAGACAACACCUAUCUUCUCUUCUCUGCCUACCUCGUCUUCUCCAUGCAGAUAGGCUUUGCGAUGCUCUGUGCUGGCUCCGUUAGAGCUAAGAACACGAUGAACAUCAUGCUCACCAAUGUCCUUGACGCUGCAGCCGGAGGACUCUUUUACUAUCUUUUUGGUUACGCCUUUGCCUUUGGCGGAUCCUCUGAAGGUUUCAUCGGAAGACACAACUUUGCUCUUAGAGACUUCCCGACCCUCACGUCCGACUACUCUUUCUUCCUCUACCAAUGGUCAUUCGCAAUCGCAGCUGCUGGAAUAACCAGCGGUUCUAUCGCGGAGAGGACUCAGUUUGUGGCUUACUUGAUCUACUCUUCUUUCUUAACCGGAUUUGUUUAUCCUGUUGUGUCUCACUGGUUCUGGUCCCCGUUCGGAUGGGCUAGUCCCUUCCGUUCAGCAGAAGACCGUUUGUUUAACACCGGAGCCAUAGAUUUUGCUGGCUCCGGUGUUGUUCACAUGGUUGGUGGCAUAGCAGGAUUAUGGGGUGCUCUCAUCGAAGGUCCUCGACGUGGCCGGUUUGAGAAAAGUGGUCGCGCUAUUGCACUACGUGGCCACUCCGCCUCCCUUGUCGUCUUGGGAACGUUCCUUCUUUGGUUCGGUUGGUACGGUUUCAACCCCGGUUCAUUCACCAAGAUCCUCGUUCCGUAUGAAACCGGUUCUAGCUACGGCCAAUGGAGCGGAAUAGGACGGACAGCGGUUACAACCACGCUUGCUGGAUCCACCGCAGCUCUAACCACACUCUUCGGUAAACGUCUUCUCUCUGGCCACUGGGCCGUGACAGACGUAUGUAACGGGCUACUCGGUGGGUUCGCCGCCAUAACAGGGGGUUGCUCUGUGGUAGAGCCCUGGGCUGCGAUCGUAUGUGGAUUCAUGGCUGCCCUCGUUCUCAUCGGCUGCAACAAGCUCGCGGAGAUCGUACAGUAUGAUGAUCCCCUUGAGGCGGCGCAACUACACGGAGGAUGUGGUGCGUGGGGGUUGAUAUUCGUAGGGCUUUUUGCAAAGGAGAAGUAUCUAAACGAGGUUUACGGCGAGACACCUGGAAGGCCAUAUGGACUGUUAAUGGGUGGAGGAGGGAAGCUGUUGGGAGCACAAUUAGUUCAAAUACUUGUGGUUGCAGGAUGGGUUAGUGCUACCAUGGGAACACUCUUCUUCUUGCUCAAAAGGCUCGGUUUGCUGAGGAUAUCGGAGAAGGAUGAGAUGGCCGGUAUGGAUAUGACACGUCACGGUGGUUUUGCUUAUAUGUACUAUGAUAAUGAUGAUGAGUCUCACAGGGCCAUUCAGCUCCAAAGAGUUGACCCUGGAUCUCCUUUCCCUCGUUCUGUUACUCCUCCUCGCGUUUAAUUUUCAAGCUUCUUGUAAUUUUAUUAACUGUUAAGUAUUGUUGGGGUUAUGGUUUUCGAAAUACAAACUUUGUUUGGAUAUUUGGUGAUCUAUCAUACCGUUUGAUACCUUUAUGCCAUUCUCAUAGGCGGUCAUUUAAAGCGUUUGUGUAACUUUGUGAACCAAAUACAAAUAAGUUGGUUGAUUUUAGAAAGAAAAGUAAUGAACGGUUUAGAUUAUAUUAUGUUGUAAUGAACGUGUACCAUAAAACAGUUUUGGCUAUAAAAGCUUUUUCAACUCAAUUUGGAAAGUUUUGUCAUAUAUAUAUAUAGAGUUAGUGACUUAUGUUGAAUUUGAAUCAAUCACACGUUCUUAUUAACUUAGAUCUAUAUGCACUUUAUUCUCUCUCUCUUCUGGCUUUCUCGUAUUUUCUGUAAGUCUGAGGCUGUUACUGUGAUCUCUGAUAAUGUGAGUGUUAUCUUGAAAUUUAGAUACAAUUUUGGAUUUUUUCACUAUUGGAUAUUUCGUUUCAGAGCUAUGAACUAUCCAGGAUAUCUUAUAUAUAUAACCUGUAGAACUGUCAUAUAGCUUUCACACUUUUGUUAUCAACUUAUUAUAUUAUAUGUAUAUUCGAGUUCGAGUUAAACCAGGACUGGAGCUAUAGGUACAUUCUGAUUUUUAAUCAAUCUAUAUAUUGCAUUGCAGUACCUGAGCUCGUCA